UAAUUAUAGUGUCUUCUGGGCCUUCUCAGGGUAUGUAGUUGGGUAGUAGGUUGCAGAGGAUAAAUCCACUUCAAUAUUCCUGUCUCCUUAAACCUUUGGAUUUUCUCUUCCACAUAAUGCCAGUGGAGCUCUAGUAUUUCAGCCUCAUUAAACCUCAUUUAAUAUUCAUUGGCAGUGUUAGACUAAUUUUGAUUUACAUUUCCUUAAUGAUUACAGCUAUAUUGUUGAGUGUAAGUUUCAGUCAACAAGUAGGCUAUUAGAGCCAUCUCCAACUGCACAAGUUAUCAUAGAAUCUGUGGUAAGCUCACUCAUAUUGAUGAAUUCUAAUCUCCUUGGUUUAAUACCCUUAGCAUCGAUUUUCACACAUAUUCCUCAGGUUUUUUCCUUUAUAUAUUAACAGAAUUUUGGCAUUUUUUUAGUGCUUAAGCUAUUUUCUCUUGAGUCAUGAAUACGUAUAUCUGUUCCUCUAGAACGUGCUGAGAUUUGAACCUAGUUAUGGGUGUAGUGUCAACAGGGUUGGUUGUAGUUGGUCUUGAGGAGAAUGAGCAUCCUCUUCCAAGUCAUUUGCAGAACGUAACAAUAUCACAGGAUUUUCAGCAAAGGAAAGCUGCUCUCUAUAUACAGAAGAGUAAGUUAGUGCCACUGGAGGUAUGAAGUUGUUUUUUUCAUUCUGAUUCGACCACAUGUCUAAGUUUCAGGGUUCCAUUUUUUUUCCCCUAGUCAUUGCUCUUACUUUCACAUGAGAAACUUAGGCUAUGAAUUCACCUGUUAUAAUUCAGCUACUUGCAGAAUCAAAUUUUGCAUUUGAUUUUUAGCAAUAUGAAUCUGAGGUUAUAAGAAUAAAGAGGUGUUGAGAUUUUUUAAAUGUAUAUUUUUGAGAGAGAGAGCGUGCACGUGCGUGUGAGCAGGGGAGGAGCAGAGAGAGAAGGAGACAGAGGAUCCAAAGCAGGGUCAGUGUUGAUAGUAGAGGGCCUGAUGUGGGGCUCAAAGUCACUAAUCUCGAGAUCAUGACCUGAGUCAAAGUCAGAUGCUCAAACAACUGAGCCAAUUAGGCGCUCCUGAGAUUUCUUUAAUACUGUCAUGACAGUACUGUUUUUCAGACUGUGAUUUAAUCUGACAGUUAACGGACUUGAACUUAUUUUUUGUGUACCUGUUCAAGAGCAUUUAGAGAAUCCAUCUCAUAUAGCAGACCUUGUAGUCAUCUGUACUGCCUUAACAGUUCAGUACAAUAGCCAUUUGGGGUCCUAAGGCACUUGCUUCUGUUGGCACCUCAUCACAGUCAACCACAGUUGAUAGCUUGAUUAACUGUGAUGCCACUGCAUGCUGGGGGUUAUUAGCAUCCUAUUUCCUGUUUGAGGCAGAGGCCACAACCAAGCCAAUCUUCAAAUCCCAUCUUUGUAGGUAUGUUUACUGUGACCAUUGCAGUACCAACUCAGAAACCACACAUUAAUUUGAACAGGGAAGUUUAAUAUAAAGAAUUACUAACCAAAAAAAAAAAAAAAAAAUUAUUAACCAGUAACAGAGAGUUAACCCUAGAGGGCAAAGAGAACUGUGAAGUAUACACAAUAGAAUGAGCAACCACUACCUCUAGGGCUGGGGCAUGGUAGCAAGGAUGGAUGGAACAAAUCUGGAAGAUGCCGAAUUUUCCAGUUUGAAGGCUGAGACUUUCAGAUCUUGUUGGAAAGGGUGUGUUACACUGGAUGCUGGAGAAGUGUGAAGUGCUGCAAAUUUUCAUUAUCAAGCAAGAAACCCCCUUUUGGGGGACUGAGAAAAGUUACUAGGAAGCCCCUUUCUCAAUCUAAGAAGCCAGCUGGAACAUGGCAUAAUUCUUUGGGAAGUGUUUGGCCCAUAAGAGUGCUGCAGAAACUUGCUGCACAGCUGUCAGUGCAGGGUGCUGACAAAACUUGCCGGGAAACUACUCAUGGGGUUGCAUAUGUGUCGCUGAGACUUGAUGGGAAGUUGGAGCUUGGGGAGAGGGCUGUUGGGUGUUUUGCAUACCAUUGUUCUCCACUGGAACCAGCAGGUUAGAGCACACUAAUUGGAAGAGAACCUACUUCUGUCUGGAGUCUUCCUCGAGUGCCAUCUGCUGAGAAGGUUAACAUUUUGCCAGCUGGCAGAGAAGAAAUGUUUACAGUUUGAGCAGAAAACUGGUGCAGUUUUUGAUGAAAUUGUAGAGAACUGUGGUGGUAUCAUGGAUACAGAAAUGUCUGAAGAUAUAGACCACAACUUAACUCCUACUCUUGACAGCAUGCCUUAUGGAAUGCCGAAUCAAACAGGAUCUGAAAAUUCAUUGCUGGAUGAAGAUGAUUAUUUUUUGAACUCUGGGGAUCUUGCAGGAAUUCCAGUCGUUGGUAGUGACAAUGAGGAUGAACAGGAUUUUAGUUCAAAGGACAAUCUUGUUUCUUCAAUUCAUACUGAUGAUAGCUUGGAAGUAGAGAGAAGAGUCACACAGCAUGAAUCAGACAAUGAAAAUGAAAUACAGAUUCAAAAUAAAUUAAAAAAAGACUUUCCUAAACAGUUUGAUCAGGUUUCUGUCUUUAAAUCAAUACGGAAAGAUUUUAGUCUAGUAAGAGAAAACAGCAAAGAGACAUUUUCUGGAAAGGAGAAAAAUAGAGACCUAACUUAUCAUGAACGUGAAAAACGAUUGGAUAAACCCCAUAAAGAGUUGGAUUCAAGGUUGAAAAGCAGUUUUUUUGAUAAAGCAGCUAAUCAAGUUGAAGAAACAUUACAUACCCAUUUACCACAAACCCCAGAAACAAACUUUAGGGAUUCCAGCUAUCCAUUUGCCAAUAAAGAAUCCAUUGGUUCGGAACUGGGGAAUUCCUUUGCAUCAAAUAUUAGAAUUAAAGAAGAACCUUUGGAUGAUGAGUAUGACAAAGCAAUGGCACCACAGCAGGGACUACUAGACAAAAUUAAAGAUGAACCUGACAAUGCUCAAUACAUGUUAAAGAAAUUAGAAGAAAUAAUGGAAAAGGGGAGACAAAAUUGUCAUCGUUUACUGGAGUAUAGUCAUGGCCAACAGCAAAAAGCUCAAGAAGGGGAACUGAAAAUUAGUGCUGUGUUUUCAGUCAGUGGCAGUCCUCUUGCUCCACAGUUGACUACUGGCUUUCAGCCUUCACUGGCGUCAUCUGGCAUGAAUAAAAUGCUUCCUUCAGUUCCAGCCACAGCUGUUCGAGUUUCCUGUUCUGGUUGUAAAAAAAUCCUCCAGAAGGGGCAAACUGCUUACCAGAGGAAGGGGUCGACUCAGCUCUUCUGUUCUACACUGUGCCUCACUGGAUAUACAGUUCCACCUGCCCGCCCACCACCUCCUCCCACCAAGAAAACUUGUUCAAGUUGCUCAAAAGACAUUUUAAAUCCAAAGGAUGUGAUCAGUGCCCAGUUUGAAAAUACCACAGCUAGUAAAGAUUUUUGCAGUCAGUCAUGUCUGUCAACAUACGAACUGAAAAGGAAACCUGUUGUCACCAUAAAUACGAAUAGCAUUUCAACCAAAUGCAGCAUGUGUCAGAAGAAUGCUGUUAUUCGACAUGAAGUUAAUUACCAGAAUGUGGUACAUAAACUUUGCAGUGAUGCCUGCUUCUCUAAGUUUCGCUCUGCCAACAACCUCACCAUGAACUGUUGUGAGAACUGUGGGGGCUACUGCUACAGUGGCUCUGGGCAGUGCCACGUGCUUCAGAUAGAGGGCCAGUCUAAGAAGUUCUGUAGUUCAGCAUGUGUCACGGCGUAUAAGCAGAAAUCAGCCAAAAUUACACCAUGUGCGCUUUGCAAAUCAUUGAGAUCCUCAGCAGAAAUGAUUGAAAAUACCAAUAGCUUGGGAAAGACAGAGCUUUUCUGUUCUGUUAAUUGCUUAUCUGCUUACAGAGUUAAAAUGGUUACUUCUGCAGGUGUACAAGUUCAAUGUAACAGUUGUAAAACCUCAGCAAUCCCUCAGUAUCACCUAGCCAUGUCAGAUGGAAGUAUACGCAACUUCUGCAGCUACAGUUGUGUGGUAGCUUUCCAGAAUUUGUUCAACAAACCAACAGGAAUGAAUUCUUCAGUAGUGCCCUUGUCUCAGGGCCAGGUAAUUGUAAGCAUUCCCACAGGUUCAACAGUGUCAGCAGGUGGGAGUAAUACCUCUGCUGUCUCCCCCACCUCCAUCAGUAGCUCUGCUGCAGCUGGCCUCCAGCGUCUUGCUGCCCAAUCCCAGCACGUUGGGUUUGCACGAAGUGUUGUAAAACUCAAGUGUCAGCACUGUAACCGUCUUUUUGCCACAAAGCCAGAACUUCUUGACUAUAAGGGUAAAAUGUUUCAGUUCUGUGGCAAGAAUUGUUCUGAUGAAUAUAAGAAAAUAAAUAAUGUAAUGGCAAUGUGUGAAUAUUGUAAAAUUGAGAAAAUUGUAAAGGAGACUGUGCGAUUCUCAGGUGCUGACAAGUCAUUCUGUAGUGAAGGUUGCAAAUUGCUUUAUAAACAUGACUUGGCGAAACGCUGGGGAAAUCACUGUAAAAUGUGCAGUUAUUGUUUACAGACAUCUCCCAAAUUGGUACAGAAUAAUUUGGGGGGGAAAGUAGAAGAGUUCUGUUGUGAAGAAUGCAUGUCCAAAUAUACAGUUCUAUUCUAUCAGAUGGCCAAAUGUGAUGGUUGUAAGCGACAGGGUAAACUCAGUGAGUCCUUGAAAUGGCGAGGAGAAAUGAAACAUUUCUGUAACCUGCUUUGUAUCUUGAUGUUCUGUAAUCAGCAAAGUAUGUGUGACCCACCUUCACAAAACAAUGCAGCAAGUAUUUCCAUGGUGCCAGCUGCUUCAGCAGGGCCCCCAUCUCUAAGAAAAGAUUCAACUCCAGUUAUAGCCAAUGUGGUAUCAUUAGCCAGUGCUCCUGCUGCUCAGCCCACAGUGAAUUCUAACAGUGUCUUACAAGGUGCAGUUCCAACAGUAACAGCGAAAAUCAUUGGGGAUGCAAGUACACAAACAGAUGCUCUGAAACUGCCACCUUCCCAGCCCCCAAGACUUUUGAAGAAUAAAGCUUUAUUAUGUAAACCUAUCACACAGACUAAAGCCACUUCUUGCAAACCACAUACCCAAAACAAAGAAUGCCAGACAGAAGACACUCCAAGUCAGCCCCAGAUCAUUGUGGUGCCAGUUCCCGUACCAGUGUUUGUGCCCAUACCUCUUCAUCUUUAUACUCAGUAUGCACCAGUCCCGUUUGGAAUUCCAGUUCCCAUGCCUGUCCCUAUGCUUAUUCCAUCCUCAAUGGAUAAUGAAGAUAAAGUCACUGAAAGUAUUGAAGACAUUAAGGAGAAGCUUCCUUCACAUCCAUUUGAAGCUGAUCUCCUUGAGAUGGCAGAAAUGAUUGCAGAAGAUGAAGAGAAGGAGAAGACUCUAUCCCAGGGAGGAUCCCAAACUUCUGAACAGGAGCUCUUUUUAGAUACCAAGAUUUUUGAAAAAGACCAAGGAAGUACAUACAGUGGUGAUCUUGAAUCAGAGGCAGUAUCUACGCCACAUAGCUGGGAGGAAGAGUUGAAUCAUUAUGCCUUAAAGUCAAAUGCUGUGCAAGAGGCAGAUUCAGAAUUGAAGCAGUUCUCAAAAGGGGAAACUGAGCAGGAUCUGGAAGCAGAUUUUCCAUCAGAAUCCUUUGACCCACUGAAUAAAGGACAGGGAAUCCAGGCACGUUCCCGAACAAGACGACGGCACAGAGAUGGCUUCCCUCAGCCCAGACGAAGAGGACGGAAGAAGUCUAUAGUGGCUGUGGAGCCCAGAAGUCUUAUUCAAGGAGCCUUUCAGGGGUGCUCAGUGUCUGGGAUGACACUGAAAUACAUGUACGGGGUAAAUGCCUGGAAGAACUGGGUUCAGUGGAAAAAUGCCAAGGAAGAUCAGGGGGAUCUGAAAUGUGGCGGUGUUGAACAUGCUGCAUCUAGCCCAUGUUCUGACCCUUUAGGAAGUGCUCAAGACCAUGUACUCUCUCAAGAAUCCUCAGAGCCAGGCUGUAGAGUCCGUUCUAUCAAGCUGAAGGAAGAUAUUCUGUCCUGCACUUUUGCUGAGUUGAGUUUGGGUUUAUGCCAGUUUAUCCAAGAGGUGCGGAGACCAAAUGGUGAAAAAUAUGAUCCAGACAGUAUCUUAUACUUGUGCCUUGGAAUUCAGCAGUACCUGUUUGAAAAUGGUAGAAUAGAUAAUAUUUUUACUGAGCCCUAUUCCAGAUUUAUGAUUGAACUUACCAAACUCUUGAAAAUAUGGGAACCUACAAUACUUCCUAAUGGUUACAUGUUUUCUCGCAUUGAAGAAGAGCAUUUGUGGGAAUGCAAACAGCUGGGCGCUUACUCACCAAUUGUCCUCUUGAACACCCUCCUUUUCUUCAAUACCAAAUACUUUCAACUCAAGAAUGUUACUGAGCACUUGAAGCUUUCCUUUGCCCAUGUGAUGAGACGGACCAGGACUCUGAAGUACAGCACCAAGAUGACAUAUCUGAGGUUCUUCCCACCUUUACAAAAGCAGGAGUCAGAACCAGAUAAACUGGCUAUUGGCAAGAGGAAACGAAAUGAAGAUGACGAGGUCCCAGUGGGUGUGGAGAUGGCAGAGAAUACUGACAAUCCACUAAGAUGCCCAGUCCGACUUUAUGAGUUUUACCUGUCAAAAUGUUCUGAAAGUGUGAAGCAGAGGAAUGACGUGUUUUACCUGCAACCUGAGCGCUCCUGUGUUCCGAACAGCCCCAUGUGGUACUCCACAUUCCCAAUAGACCCUGGGACCCUGGACACCAUGUUAACACGUAUUCUCAUGGUGAGGGAGGUACACGAAGAACUUGCCAAAGCCAAAUCAGAAGACUCUGAUGUUGAGUUAUCAGAUUAAAGUGGACGUGGGGUUCCUAUUUUCAUACACGUGGGUAUGCACCAAACUGUGAAUGCAUCCAGCUUUGGAAAACGAUGUACAAGUACAAGUCCUCUUGACUUGAUUACAAGAUAAUGGAAAACAGAUGACUCGUGAACCACAGUGUGGAUGUACAAAUGAAAAUUGAAGGAAAGAAUAUGAACCAAGAAAUGUUGUUCUUUGGCAGUGAUAUAGUUCUUAGACAUCUUCAGAAUGACUAACCAAUUUCUCUGAGUGGUGCAUAAUCUUAUUUUGUUUGGGAAUAACAAAUUGUGGAAUAUUUUUAAGGAAAACUGUUGUAUAAAACUCUACCAUAGUAACCUUAGACCUUAGAGAGGUAGCUUUGGAGUAAGACCUUGGCUGCAGUAGGCUACUUAGGCAAGCCCUAUGUGCACGUCAGGGGAGACGUCAGUGCAGAGCUAAGAGUGACAUCAGAUGAGGACCGUGGGACCCAGACUUGAAGACCCAAUAAAAAUACUCAACUUUUUUUUUAAAAGGUAGAGAGUGAAGUGGUCUUGAUUUUGAUUUUCACUGCCAAGCCAAUUCUGUGAAGGAUAGAAGCCUCUGGUGCUUUUGCCAUAGGCCCCUCACAUCAGGGAAAAAGGCCUUCACUGCUGUUCACAGAGUAAUAUGUCCCUUUCACUUUCUGGGUCUAGCCUUCUCAGCUGUGGGUCUGGCUGUGGGUAAAUUGAGGUAAAGGGGCUGAUACUCCACAAACUGAUUAUGCACACAGAAAAUCUGUGGAGCCCAUUAGACCCCAAGUGUCUUGAAAUGUUUGUAGAAAACCCACUAAAAUGCCCACUUCUCUGGGUGUCAGCCUUUAUUGCUGCUGUCUCAUAGCAUGAGCUGUGGUACACAGAAAUGGGGGUUCUCCUUUUGUUUUCAUUUUAUCCCAAAAUGGCAGCUUUUCUCCCAUUGUUUUAUCUUCCUAUUUCCCAAAUCUUCUUAUUUGUCUUUUGCACCAGUUUCUGGAGGCCCUUGUCAUUUCAAAAAGAAAAGUCUCUCUCACUCUGGCAAACCUGUGGAUGAUUCCACAAGGACACAGUAUUACUUAGUUAUCAGAAUUAUGGUAGAAAAGGUCCUAGUACGUUCCUAUAAAGCAUUUGGAAGAUGACCUUGUUGUCCUAAGAAACUUGAAAAUAGGGAUUCUGGGGUCAGGAUACAAAGACAUGGACUGUCUUGCAUAUCCACAGCAGGGCUUCUAGCAUUAUUCCAAACUCUAGCUGUUUUACUAGUUCUAUGAGGACUGCAAGUCAUAGGUGUGUUUGGCAUAUCAGUCCAUCUCCCUCAUCUCCAUUCGCAGUUUCUUCCCCCCCAAAUUUUGACUCAAAGCUUUUCUGAUGUUGGCCAGUCACAGAAUUUCUUUAGCUGAGGUUAAUUUGACCCUGUAAUGGAAAUGAGAAGAGUCCAAAAACCCUCUUAGUAAUUUUAACCUUGGAAAACUUUUCAAUCUGUCCCAUUUUUUUAGAUGGGCGUAGCAGGUGUUUUGGUUUUUUAAAAUAAAUGGAAGUCAUUUAAGUAAAAUAAAAAUUUUAAAGUAGGCCUCUUGGCGUUGUGUACUUGAUGGUUCUGUCCCUCUGCCUGUAACAAAUUUCAUUUUGGUUACCAGGAACUGUGUGAAAGAAGUAAAUCUGCCCCAAUUCUGUAUGAUUAAUUCCAUCUGUGUUUGUCAUUUCUGACUGGAAAACUUCUUACUUCCAGAUCUUGUUUGAUAUGGAGGAAAAACAACUGGAUUGUCUGAUAAGUCUGCCAAUAAACUAUCCAGAAACAUCAGGUGUAAUAGCCCCCACUAUACAAAUUUUAUGGUUUGUAUAAACACUAACAUUUCCCCUUCUGUAGUUGUAUCAAGAACAAAUAUUGUUGGCAUAGUAGAUACAUUGUUAUAAAACACCAGAGAGAAAAAGAAAUCUGUAUCUUUUAACUGAGAACAGCCAAUACCCAGGUAAAUGACUGUAUCAGGACUUCAAUUGCAUGUUAGUCCGCAGAGUUGUCCAGAUCCUAAAUUCGUAAAAGAAAAUUUUGAUUAAUUAUUGGUCAUUCUUCAUAAGCGUAGCUGUUGAUAUGUGUGUCAGACUAUUUGCUUUUUAAAAUUUUAUUAAAAUUAUGUAAAAUUGCAUUUUUAUUUCCAGGGGAGAAAACAUCAUACAAACGAGAGAAACAUCUAAAUUAUCCUUUCCGUUCUUUUUUGUUUUUUAACCACUUUGGGUUUUCCCCUUGCAGAAACCACAGAAAUAUUCCCUUAGAAUAAAAUAGUAUAUUUGUAUUUGA